AUGAGGACAACUGCAUCAGUGCCACACUCUUACCUCUGCCUUUGUUCCUUUAACAGUAGGACAGGAAAUCGGAGAAUGAUUUUAAAACGCCCAUUGGUGGUGAUGGUGGCCGUGAUGGCGAUGGUGUACGUUGCUGCAGCUGGAGGAGGAUAUGGCAGUGGUGGAGGAGGCGGAGGAGCUGGCGGAUUCGGUGGGGGUAAUGCACUUGGCGGCGGCGGCAGCGGUGGAGGAGGAGGUUACGGCGGAGGUCGCGGCGGUGGCGGUGGAGGCGGAAGUGUGCUCCCCGCAGUUUUCCUUGGAAGUGGACAGCUCUCCGCCGGUGGAGGCGGUGGAUUCGGAGGUGGUGGCAGUGGAGGCGGUGGAUUGGGAGGUGGUGGCAGUGGAGGCGGUGGAUUCGGAGGCGGCGGCGGCUCGGCUGGUGGAUUCGGAGGCAGCGGUUUUGGCAGCGGCAGUGGAAGCAGUGGUUUCGGAGGAAGCGGCUUUGGCAGCGGUGGAGGAGGCAGCGGCUUUGGCAGCGGUGGCGGAGGAGGUGGCGGCCGUGGAGGCGGUGGCUAUGGGAAAUAA